AGGUCAUUGCAUCUUCAUCUGAAAUGCUGUACGACGCAGGUUAUCACCCAAGUAGAACUAUCCUAACCGCUAUAUUGACAAGAUUCGCAUUCCCUUUCAGUUUUAAUUGGAUCCACCACUACAUUCCAUGCAGACCUGGACUGUUCAAGUUGCUUAUAGGCAACAAGACACGCGGUUGUCAGCGUGUCGCGCUUACUAUAUCCCUUGUUCCUAGCCUCAAAAUGUAUGCCAUACUCGGACCACUAAUUUUGCCCUGUGGCACAUGAACAUAGGGAUGAGCUUUAUGAUCACCUGAGCUUCCCCCUACCCUCGGUGUUUACCAUACUUUAUUACCUAUACGUAUAAAUUAAUUUUUUUUACGAAAUAAGCACUCAAAUUCAGCAUCUCUCAAUCCUCCUGAACCUUUAAUAUAACCACAAAACUAAGGCAACGACUAACACCCACUCGAUCACAAUGAACCCCAAAACGAUACUGCUCCUUUUGACCACAAUAACCCUCUCCACGGCAAUUCCUUUCUCCCAGCAGCAGACCCCUGCCUCAACCCCAACUAAACAAUCCACCCACUCAGCGCUGAGCUCUAUGUUCAUUGCCUCGCCAAAAACAGACAACAGCACCUGUCCAGACAGCCACCGGUCCAAGCAAUGCUGUCAGAGCAUCGACUCCAUCGCAGAGGGCGUCACCAAGCCAUUGGGCCAGGUUGUCCCAUUCUUAGAUGGGGCAACAGUGAAAAGUAUCAUGGGGCUUGAAUGUAAAGCAAUGUCCGAUACAGAUCCAAACGAAAAUUGUACAAAGGAUGUUAUGUGUUGUAAGGGACAGCCGGGGGACAAGGGAAGUGACCUAGUCAAAGCCUGUGAACCCUACGAUAAAGCAAUGAAAGAUAAACAGGAAGCCCUGGAGAAGAAUAAGCAGCGGCCUCUCGAGAUAGCGAUGAGUUGGGCGGCUAUGACUAGUUCGAUGCUAGCGGCGGCGUCGUCUUCUGCUGCGGCGUCUUCGUCGUCUCCUGGGUUGGCUUCAAGCGGGGUGCAUGCUGUGCCUACGGGUAAUUAGGGGAUAAUCUUUGUGUUCAAUUUUGGGAAUGGGGGUGUUAUUAGGUUACUUGAAUAUGUGGAGGCAUUUGCUGACGUUCAGGACUUGG